CCUGCUUUGUGUGGAUGGAUAUAAAAGGCGAUGUGUGUUCAGUGGAGGACGUCAACCAGCAAACAGCAACAGGUGGAAUCAGAGAGCAUCCCAGCUUCAACCACUGCAGUCAGGACAAAUCUACAGCGGACAAAACCUGUAAAACAUCCCAAAAUGAUGAUGAAGAUCUGUGUCAUCCUCCUUCUGUGUGUUGCUGUAGGAAUAAAAUCCACAGCUGCACAAACCACAGGUGCAGCAACGACAACAACAGCUGCAGCAACGACAACAACAGCUGCAGCAACGACAACAACAGCUGCAGCAACGACAACCACAGGUGCAGCAACGACAACCACAGGUGCAGCAACGACAACCACAGGUGCAGCAACGACAACCACAGGUGCAGCAACGACAACCACAGGUGCAGCAACGACAACAACAGCUGCAGCAACGACAACCACAGGUGCACCAACGACAACAACAGCUGCAGCGACGACAACCACAGGUGCAGCAACGACAACCACAGGUGCAGGAACGACAACCACAGUUGCUCCGACCACAACCACAGUUGCAGCAACGACAACCACAGCUGCUCCAACAACAACCACAGCUUCACCAACAACAACCACAGCUGCUCCAACAUCCACAAAAGCUCCAACAACAACAGCUGA